AUGCUGCCGAAGGCCUACCCGCUCAUCCUGGGAGUCACCGUAACGCUAACGGCGUUGAACCAGUACGAGAAAGCGGCCAUCGAUCGUCUGUACAACAUCAACCGAUCCUCGAUCAUGCCGUCCUUUUUCGGGUGCUCAAAUCUCGCAUUCAACCCCGAAGAAAACAUCACCCACCUGGCCACCAAACCACUUUGGAUGAGUAAAAUCUUCACCCAAGCCCACGCCGCAGUCGGAACGAAUCGUGCCGCGAUCAUCUUCUUCUACGACGACACGCUGCUUGAGGAACUCCGUGCGCAGUACUGCGGCCAGUUCGAUCGUCUGCAGGUCCUCACCGAGAACACGGACGAAGACAAGCAUGAACACCUGAUCGGGGAAGCAGGUGUCACCAAAACGGUGACGCUGGCCACGCGAGGAAUGGGCCGUGGUGUGGACUACAAGUCGAGCGUUGCGGUGGAGAAGAACGGCGGCGUGCACGUGAUCCAGAGCUUCUUCUCGCUGGACGUGAAGGAGGAAACGCAGAUCCGCCCGGAAGGACAACAGGGGAAGCUACGAGCUGAUCGUUCUCGAUGCGGAUUUGGAAGCCAAUCAUUUGGUAGAUGA